AUGAAGACUCUCCUCAUUAUGUAUGUGUCUCUCUUCUUGUGGGAUCCAGUGUUGGCAAGCAUGAAUCCACUACCAUCAGUAAUUUGCAAGAAAUGCAAUCAAAAUGGUAACUGGAGACUCCAGGGCUAUACAAAUGAAAUGUUAGUUGGUUACUCUCUGUUUCAACUGGACAGCUGUAUCAAAGGAAACCCUGGACCCUGA